CUCCGGAAGUGACGUCGGAGUGUCAACAUGCAAGAUGGCGGCCCAUCACCGGCAGAACACAGCAGGGCGGAGGAAAGUGCAGGUUUCCUAUGUUAUUCGAGAUGAAGUAGAGAAGUACAACCGGAAUGGAGUCAAUGCCCUGCAGCUGGAUCCAGCACUAAAUAGACUUUUCACAGCCGGUCGAGACUCUAUCAUAAGAAUAUGGAGUGUCAAUCAGCACAAGCAAGAUCCAUAUAUAGCAUCUAUGGAACACCAUACGGAUUGGGUAAACGACAUUGUACUCUGUUGUAAUGGGAAAACAUUGAUAUCUGCUUCUUCUGACACGACAGUAAAAGUAUGGAAUGCACAUAAGGGAUUUUGCAUGUCAACAUUAAGGACACAUAAGGAUUACGUGAAGGCCUUAGCAUAUGCCAAGGAUAAAGAACUAGUAGCAUCCGCUGGAUUGGACAGACAAAUAUUCCUUUGGGAUGUGAAUACUCUAACAGCACUGACUGCCUCAAAUAACACUGUCACAACUUCUUCUUUAAGUGGAAACAAAGAUUCCAUUUAUAGUCUGGCCAUGAAUCAACUGGGAACAAUCAUUGUAUCAGGGUCCACUGAAAAGGUGUUAAGGGUAUGGGAUCCAAGAACAUGUGCAAAACUAAUGAAGCUUAAAGGGCACACGGAUAAUGUGAAAGCAUUGCUGUUAAACAGAGAUGGCACGCAAUGCCUUUCUGGCAGUUCUGAUGGAACAAUUCGCCUUUGGUCCCUUGGCCAGCAGAGAUGUAUAGCAACAUACCGAGUCCAUGAUGAAGGUGUUUGGGCGCUGCAAGUCAAUGAUGCCUUCACACAUGUGUAUUCUGGUGGAAGGGACAGGAAGAUUUAUUGUACAGACCUAAGAAACCCUGACAUUCGGGUGCUAAUUUGUGAAGAAAAAGCACCAGUUCUUAAGAUGGAGCUUGAUAGAUCAGCUGAUCCUCCUCCUGCAAUUUGGGUUGCAACAACUAAGUCUACAGUAAAUAAAUGGACUUUGAAGGGAAUUCAUAAUUUUAGAGCCUCUGGAGAUUAUGACAAUGACUGUACAAAUCCUAUAACACCUCUUUGUACACAACCUGACCAGGUUAUUAAAGGAGGUGCUAGUAUUAUUCAAUGCCACAUUCUUAAUGAUAAGAGACAUAUAUUAACCAAAGAUACCAAUAAUAAUGUGGCAUAUUGGGAUGUAUUGAAGGCAUGUAAAGUUGAAGAUCUGGGCAAAGUGGAUUUUGAAGAUGAAAUUAAGAAAAGAUUUAAAAUGGUGUAUGUGCCAAAUUGGUUCUCAGUAGACUUAAAAACAGGGAUGUUAACUAUUACUUUGGAUGAAAGUGACUGUUUUGCUGCCUGGGUUUCUGCAAAAGAUGCUGGUUUCAGCAGCCCUGAUGGGUCAGAUCCAAAAUUGAAUUUAGGAGGACUUUUACUCCAAGCACUCCUGGAAUAUUGGCCUAGAACACAUGUGAAUCCAAUGGAUGAAGAGGAAAAUGAAGUAAACCAUGUAAAUGGGGAGCAGGAGAACCGCGUGCAGAAGGGAAAUGGAUAUUUUCAAGUGCCCCCCCACACACCUGUGAUCUUUGGUGAAGCUGGAGGUCGCACACUGUUCAGGCUGCUCUGCCGAGAUUCUGGGGGUGAGACUGAGUCGAUGCUUCUUAAUGAGACAGUGCCACAAUGGGUAAUUGACAUCACUGUGGAUAAAAAUAUGCCCAAAUUCAACAAAAUUCCUUUCUACCUCCAACCUCAUGCAUCUUCAGGAGCAAAAACCUUAAAAAAAGACAGACUCUCUGCUAGUGACAUGCUCCAAGUCCGAAAAGUUAUGGAACAUGUUUAUGAAAAAAUUAUCAACUUGGAUAAUGAGUCUCAAACCACUAGCUCUUCUAAUAAUGAAAAACCAGGAGAACAGGAAAAAGAAGAGGAUAUUGCUGUGUUGGCAGAGGAGAAAAUUGAACUUUUGUGCCAGGACCAGGUUUUGGAUCCAAAUAUGGACCUUCGAACAGUGAAACACUUCAUAUGGAAGAGCGGUGGAGACCUAACCCUCCAUUACCGUCAGAAGUCCACGUGAAGGGUGGGCUAAUGCUCCUGGGUAUUCAUUUACGACCUUCCUCUAUGGCCCCAAGAGUAGUCCUAGGAAGCCCACUGAGCCCCAACGGGAGCAAGACUUCUAAUGGCCGAUUUGGUAUGGACCGAGAUUAUCUUUCAAUUGAAGUGACUAAUCGAGAUGUAAUAUAGAAACCAGUCUCUAUGUGUAGAUUAAGCUGUCCCCAGGGAAGCAGAAUGCAAGAGCAGAAGAGCCCCAAGCAGACUAUGCCUUUCGAGAUGUACAGAAGACUGACAGCAGGCCAGUGCAGACUUUGCUUCCUCCUUGUUUCAAAGGACCUUGUCUGUCUGUUAGCACUUGUUAGAGACACCUCGAUCGGGCCACAACUGUCUCUGUUUCAACUUCAAACCCACACACUCUGUAGCUUUUCUAAAAGAGUACAUUCCAUUCAUGCAAUAGGUAUGAAGGCUUUUUUCCAAGUUUGUCAUAUAAAAAAAAUCAAAUUGUUUUCACCAUUUAAGACAGUUAUUUUUAAUGGGAAUUUGCUGUUGCACAAUUUGAGAAUCAGCCCAUUUCAUAAUAAAAGAUUAAUGUUGGGCUUGUUUUUAAUAUUGCAUCUCAGAUGUGUUCUUGUAGGAAGAUCUGUUGAAAUUCCAGGUGCUGGAUCAUAGCACUUGGACUGCUGGGCCAGAGUUUGCGCAGCCCGUGCCUAGUGAUGCUGCACCCUCCCAUGAUGUCCUGGCUUUGUGGCAACCCCAGGGAGGUGCAGCCGUUUCACUCCUUCCUCCACUGUGUGCAGUUUUAUUUACACAAAGCGAGCUGAGACCACGGGUUCUUGCUCUGGAUGAGCAGCAUGACACCAUUAAAACUUAAGACCAUGAUGAAAUUUCAGUUUCAUUCAAAUGUUACCUAAAAUUUAUGGUGUCAGAGUAAAGGGAGAUCAUAGUGAGUUAAUUUGAUAUUCAUAUCCUGGAAGUAUACAUAUUUGUUUUUCCAAAGUUUUAUAUGCAGGUUUUUGUUGUACCUGUAUCUAGAUCUUCUUUUCACUGUUCUAACAAUCUAACACUUUCAUAGAAUCAUUUGGAUCUUGUAUAGAAUGUAACUUAUUGGGGAUAAACACUUCAACUUUUGGCAGAAAAUACUUUGGAUUCUCCCCAAGGUCAUUUGUAUUCAGAGUGAAUCAAUGGUCCACCCCCAUGAAACUGUAAGACAAGCCUCCUGUAUGAAGCCAGAAGCACAAGUGCCUUCAGAGGGCAGUUGAUUCCAGUCCAGUUGCCUCCCUAGCUUGUGUGUGGCCUGCCUCCAGCAUAGCAGGGACUAGGGAGGGAGGCAGGGAAGGUUUUUUCCUUUCUACAUCUUCACAGGUUUGGCUGGGGGCAGCUGAUGGGCCUAAGUCCAUACCUUACUAUUUAAGAUAUUCUGAUCGCACAACUGCAGAGACAGGGUUCCCUCACUGCUAGUCAGCUUCCUUUGGAAACUGGACAGGGCAUUGCCACCUGCACUUUGAAGAAGUGAGCAAAGACGUGGCCAUAUUUCCAAUAAGCUGAAAUGGUCUUUCUCCCUUCCUCAGAGAGCAAGCAGCUUUUUUUUUUUAAAGUCCUUUCUAUCUGUUGGAUACAACAGUGCGCUUUUGGUGCACAUUUUUUAGCAAUAGUUGUGAAUUAAUGGCAAAAACAAAACAAAACAAAAAAACCAAACUUAUUUACCAGCCCUCAGUUGUGUUUGCACGAGGGGCCUUUGAGCAAAGAAAUGGGUUUUGCUGGGUCAUUGUGCCCUGUGUGCUAAGCCUUGGGUGGCUGCAUUCCCCUCCUGUCAUACAUCUGAACCCCAGCAUGAUUGUAUUUCUUUCCCCUCCAGUCAAACCGUAAUACAGUUUCCAGAAAAUUUGACAGUCCUGCAAUGCCAAAAGGGUAAAAAUCUGUAUUUCACAGUUGUAUAGAAUAAAGGCUUUAGUUAAAAUAUUU